UAAUGGUUAAGAGUGCUGCCCAGGAUAACGAUAUCUUACCACAAUACCACAAGAUCUUCCCCGACUCUGAGCCAAAGACAUUAGUGGUCAUCAAAGCUGAACCGAAGGACACAAUCGAUGACAACAAUGAGAGCCAACACUCGGACUCUAUGUCUGAGACUUUUGAAGCAAUGGAUGACAACUCGAGUGACACUCAACUCGAAGGCGAACUUUGCUCUACGAGUGAUAUUAUGGACGACAACACUAUGGGAAGCGAUGGCCAGUCCUCAUGGGUGAUGACAAUGUCGGCCAAAAUCCCCUUCAAGAAUGUUGUCCGCAGAGACGGCCGGCAGUGGUUUGGAUGCAAUACAUGUGGCAAAGAGUAUGAGUUGGAGUCACAACUACACCAACACUGGAAUCAAAUGCACUUCUGGCCCGAGAAAAACGCCAAUACAUGCAAUGACUCGACACACAUACCGAACACACACUCGACUGAAGUGUCUUUCAAACAGAUUAUCCGCAAAGACGGCCAUCAGGUGUAUGUAUGCAAUGCUUGUGGCAAUGAAUACAGACUGAAGUCAGUUCUGGACACCCAUUGGCGGCGAAUGCAUUCACAGCCGAUGCCAACGCCUGAACUGUUUAGCUGUGAGAGAGACGGCUGUACUUUCGAGACAACUAUCGGCAAACUCGUGGACCGACACAUCAAUGCUCACAAAAAGGCCGAUAAGGAAGCGAUCCCACAGUCAAAGAGACUAAAGUCGAGUGAACCCGAGCCGAGUGAGUGCCUACAAGUGUGUCCGGUUGUCGGUUGCGGUCAGACGCUCGCGGCGGACAAGUUAUUCCUUCACACACUCUGUAUUCAUACUAUAUUUAAGUGUCAGGAAUGCGGCGAAGAGUUUGUCGGUCGAAACGCGCGGACAAAUCACAUGCGACGGUCGCACCCGAAUGUGGGGACAAUAUACCGGUGCGAUUGGCCCGGAUGUGGUCACGUGACCACAACUAUUACCACUAAAGAUGAACACCGGCGGUCGCACGAAAACAAGCGGGACUUCGUGUGCGAUUGGGCCGACUGUGGCAAACGGUUCAACACUGAGAAAUACAUGAGACGCCACGCGGCGCGCGUCCACACCGAUGAGCGGCCGUUCGCCUGCGAUUGGCCCGACUGUGAGGCCACAUACAAGACAGCAUCCAAUCUAAAACACCACAAAGAAACACAUACUAGCGAUGGUUCGCCUCAAUUUAAAUGUACGGAACCGGGCUGUGAGGCCACGUUUAAGACUUCCAACGCAUUCAAUCAUCACCGACUCGAUCACAAGGGUAUUCAUAAGUACAAGUGUUCGCACUCGGGCUGUGUGUAUGUGACCAAUAGCACCGGAAACUUUUAUGAACACCAAACUAGACAUACAAAUGUACGGCCGUUUCGGUGCGAAGUCCCGGAAUGUGGCCGUGAAUUUAGUACUAAACGUCAUCUCAAGCGUCACGCAGUGGUCCACAGCGAUGAGCGACCCUUCACUUGCGAUUGGCCCGCAUGUGAGGCCACAUUCAAGACUACGGAUUGUUUAAAUAGUCAUAGACUUACUCACGAGGCUAUUCGGCAGUUCAAGUGUCCGGAGACCGGAUGUGAUAAGAGUUUUGUGACCAGACGUUGUCUUUCGAGUCAUAGACGGAGCCAUAGGAAUGAAAAGCCGUACGGCUGUGAUUGGCCAGAGUGUGGACAACGGUUUGCCAGUAAUCAGGCGUUUAGAGCACAUGUGAACGAACACCAGGGGAUCCGACCCUAUAGUUGUCAAUACAGUGGAUGUGAUAAGAGUUUCGGCGGUAAAUCCGGUUUUAGACAACACAUGAAAGUCGUUCACAAACACUGCUUU